AUGCCGGAGGAGAUUGGUUGGAUAAGGGCUGCGUGUGGAAUUCUUGCACGAUGCCGUAAUGUCCUUAUAGACGAUAUUUUAGAACGGAAGCGAAUUUUACUGAGUUCGCUCUGCAAGUGGAAAGUGGGCAGUUACCUGUGGAUGGUCGUGGCGAUGGGUAUAUUCCACCUGAAACUGCUGUAUGCCAUCACCUGUCCGGUGCACUCGCUGCUUACCAAAGGAUUCAAGGCUACCAUUUACUCCGAUGGAGAGAUGCGUCUGCCACGCUUCUCUUUUUGCAAAGUUCGUGGCCAGGCGACAAUGGUAUUGUUCGCCCUUUCAGCAAUUUGGCAUUGCUUCACAUGGCCUAACCCGAUGACUGCUCUACAGUGGAAUUUUAGUGUUCGACCACAAGUGAAUUUCAAGCCACAAAUGUCUUUGGUUGCAAAAAGCCAUUCGGCACCACAGGUAAGAUCAACUUCCUGCCCGGAUCAAAUCACAAUUACUCGAUCUCAAUCCGAAACAACGCAAUGCAAAAUGAGUGGAAAAGUGGAUUUAGGCGUUGACAUACGCCUUAAAAAUAUUAUUCUAGAUCCCAUUUUAACUGUUUAUGAAACCAUUAUCAAUUCUCUAUCGUUAGCGAGUGAAAUCGCUGCUAGUAUACUCGAGUGA